UCUAAGUUGUUUACAAUCUCUCUGGCUAAACAUGGCCGUUUACAAACUCACUCAUGAUAGUUAGAACUCGAAAACUGUUGAUUUUUUAAAAAUUCACAAGUCUUCAUUAGCGAAACGGGCUACGGUGCAAACACCAGUUCAAUAGUGUUUUCCCUCGUCGCUGGUUUUAUUUUUUUUAUCGCUUCUUCGCGGGAGUGGUUAGCUGAAGCUAGUCAGCGAGCUAACUUCUCCAUAGGGAACAAUGACAGCGACUUCUUCAGGUAGCACUAGCUGCCUUGCUGCGAAAGGACUGGACAUAAGUCUGGCUGCCCUGAAGCGACAAGACCCCUACAUUAAUAACAUCGUGGACGUGGCCAGUCAAGUCGCCCUGUAUACUUAUAACAACAGGACAAAUGAGUGGGAGAAGACAGAAGUGGAAGGGACACUUUUUGUCUACACCAGGCUGGCAUCUCCCAGACAUGGUUUCACCAUCAUGAACCGGCUCAGCAUGGAGAAUCUGACAGAGCCAAUCACCAAAGACCUGGACUUCCAGCUCCAGGACCCCUUCCUGCUUUACCGCAAUGCAAGAUUGGUUAUCCAUGGGAUUUGGUUCUAUGAUAAGGAGGACUGUCAGCGCAUUGCUCAGAGGAUGAGGAUUCUGACCCAGCAGGAGCAGGUCCUGGCUCAGUCCCAGGGUGGUUGGUUAUCUCCAGCAGGAGGAGGAGGAGCAGUGGUAGUAGGUGUUGGUGGAUUACCGAGAGGAGGAGAAAGUAACGCAAAGGCAGUGGACAUCAUCCAGAUGUUAAGCAAAGCACGCACAGAGUAUGACAAGGAGAAAUCUACCUCAGAGCCAAAGGAGAUUGGCGGCAGCAGUGUUCUGUCUGGAAACCCCCACCUAAUCAAACCAAUACCCGUGAAACCCAACGCUCAGGACAGUGAAGGUGCUGAACUGAAACCUCUCUCUUUGGCCACUCUGUUUGGCCCUCAGCAUCAGCAUCACCACUCAUCUAAACCAGACCCUGUUCCUAAUGUGGCUGCUCACACGAUAUCAGCAGGGAAAGUUACUCGCCCACCUGUCGCCCGCACAUUGACCUACGGUGAUGCAGUGAACUCCAGCAGAGGUGUGACCUCCAAUGGAGGGAAUGUUGCACCUACCGGGAGUUCAGAAGGAGUUGUCAGGGCCGUAGUUGGGGAAGAUGGUGGACACGUAGUUGGCGGUUUGCUGUCGAGCCCCACCACCACUCACCAGCAGCAGCACUGCCCGGCCAUCGCAAAGCUCAUGCAGGGACAGAGAGGCGUCGGUGGGGUCCUUCAAACCGUGUCCGAGUCCCCUGAAAAUCGGCUGUGUGACAACGGUGUGCCGCUGGAUCAUCACCAUCACCAUCUUUACCACCAGCAGUACCAGCAGCACCACCAUCAGCUUCAGCAGCUUCAGUCUGACCCAAUCAAGAGACUUUUUCAAGGCCAGCCUCCUCCUCCUCCACCCACCGCCUCCUUCCCCUCCACUGCUCCUCCGUGUUGCUCCAACCCUCCUCCUCUUCAGCAGAGCCCUCGUCUCUCCUCCCAGCCUGUGAUAAUGGAUUCUGUGUCAUGUUCCCACCUCCAAGCACAACAAAGCCAGCAGCUGUAUUUCAGCCUUUCUAAGUCUCAAGCAGAGGUGCAGCACAGCAGUCAAACAGCUGCACAGGGAACAGGUCUGCCUUCCCAGAUGCCAGGUGUGGUGUCACCUCAUGAGCUCCUCCAGAAGCUCCAGCUGGUCCAGCAGGAACAAAGUCUGGCUUCUAAUGAUCCACCUCGACCCUGUCCAAACCUGGCCCCUCGAUUCUUGGGGCCCACACAAAGUCAAGGUGCAGGCCAAACGUUGGGCACCGUCCCAAACACGACCACGACCACUGCAGGUCAAAAAGCUGCACUUCAAUUUCAGGUCAUCUCCCCCCAGCGGAUACCAGCCACUGUGGCACCGAGUCUGCUCCUUUCUCCCAGUGUGUUCAUUCAGACCACGUCUAGUGGUGAGUUAGUUGCUCAGGACAACAGUCCUGCCACCUCAUCCCUGCCCAGACCCCCGUUGCAAAAGGAGGUCAGAGUUCUUUCCAGAAACCAGCUGCAGGCCACACUGCUGCAUCUCAUUCAGACUGACGGCUCAUUCCUGGACUCUAUCUACGAAGCCUACAUCAGCCGCUUUGCUAACGACUCCAGCGGCAAGUAUUGAUGACUCCUCACAUCCCCUGUCUGUACAUGCACCCUCUCCAGAGGCUGCUUCCUACACCUAAUAUGGACGCACUUCUACCACCUCUGAAUCACACGCAUUCACUGUUUCUCCUCAGUCAAUCCGACUCUCUUUGCUUCAAGUCUCUGGUUACAAAAAAAACAUACAAAAAAAACAAACAAAAAAAACGGUUAUCAAAGAUGUAUUUUCCUUUUUCAUCCUGUGACGCCUCUUAAAGAACUAAUUCUCUCAAGCUGAAGACAGAAGAAGACAUUUUUAUGACAAAUAUACGGUCUGUAGAUAGAAGGAAAAUGUAGCCUGCACUUAGUCCACUGUCUUUGAAGACACCUUCUCCGUUUUUCCGAAAUGUUUGGAUUUGUAAUGAUAAUCUUCACUAUUUUUUUCCAUUCAGUGUAGCAGUAUUUUAUUUUCUUACACUUUCAUAGCUCCACAUAUCACCAGCGAACCUACUGGCCUUUUACAAACGAGUCUUCCUCGUCUUAAAAGUAGUGCUAAAGAACAAGCUCAAACCUGAAACUAGGUGAGCUUAUAAAAUGAAAUGUACAGCAUGUUAAACAUGGCCUUUUUCUGUACAUUUGGAAGAGUAAGUAUUUUGAACACUGUCAGAAUUUGAGUCCUUUUAAGUUCUUACUUUGCUGACUAAAGGAAUAAUAGGUGAGUAUAUUUUACUAUCCAAAGGCUUUUAAGAUUAUUGUAAAAAUGAUACCUUGUCAUGUCAGGUUUUUUUCUUUUAAACAUAUUUUUUUCAGGUGACAUUUGUGAUGAUGAAUAUAUUUGUGGUAUUUUUGUUAAACUCACCGGGGAUUUUGACAUUUGUGAUAGAAACCAAUGUAUUGAUGAGGAUGACUGCAGCAAGAUAUUUUCCUUUAAAUUUUUAACGCUUGUCAGUGGAGUAAGAGAGAAAGUCAUUUUCUAUCACAGCACUUUGCAACAAAACUAGUGCUUUAUUUGUCUUAUUCAUCCUUUUUUGAAUAUAAUUGUUAUGAAGACAGAAAAGACAUGGGCUUGAAAAAAGAAGGAAACUACAGGAGAUUGUCAAAAUGCACUACCUCACAGAAAGCAAGUUUGGAGGUGUACCUGUGUUUUUAUUGGGUGGCACAAUGAUGAUUGGGCAGUUUUAAAGGUUCACUAGUCAAAUAAAGCUGUUGGUUUCAGUUUUUCAAAAGGGAUUUCAUCAUUACGGGAAAGUUUUAACUAGAGCACGACAGAAAUAUUGGUUGGCCGAUAUUAUCAAAUAUGCACCAAUAUGAAAACUUUUUUUUUUUUUACAGAAUACAAUGCAUAAAAAAGAUGUUCAUUUAGAAAUGGUGCCAUCACAUAUUUUGAGUUACGGAGCAGCUCCGACUCCAUUAUUUAUAAUACUCGCAGUACUCUCAGCAGCACAUGCAGCAGAGCAGAUGGUGGUGCAGAGUCAAGUGGUGUCUUCACUGUAAGUUGCUGACUAAUAUAUUAAAUAUAUUGGUUCAACGUUAAUAAACAAUGACCCCACCAUUUACCUUUGUCAGCAUAACUAAUGUACUCUGCAUACUUCAAUGUUAAGACUAUCAGCUGGUAUGUUGAAUCCCUUAAAUUCCCUACAAAAUAAUGUCUCAAUUGGCUCUGAAAAUCCAAUAUCAGUUGGGCUCUAGUUUUAACACACUAAAUACAACUAAAGCUGUUGUUAUAACUCAUGCUGUCCUAAUUUUGCAUUCAUGCCAGAGUUUCUAAACAUUCUCCCUGCUAAAACAAACGACAUGCACAAAUAACUAUUUAUUGAUCAAAUACGUGAUGAAAAAUCUCGUUAAAUUUGUAAUUAAUAAAAAAAACAAAGAGACAUUUACUUAAAUAAAAUGCAACAAAGAAGGUAUUUAAGCAUAUCUAAUAAUUAUUAUUAUUUGGAGUUCUCAGGCCUGUUUGAAGUAGAAAAUCUAAUAGAAAAUGUGUUUUCAGAAACUGUAUGUUCUGUAUUAAGCGUAAUUAGUCAUUUUCAUUCAGUUUAAGAUGCUGCUUUGGGUAAAAAUGUUUCAUGGUUUCAAGGUUUGCAUAUUGUGUUUAGCUUGUGUGCUGAACUCAGACACAUCCAGGCUAUAAGUAGCUACCAGACAAAAACAGCAGCAACAAAGACAGACAACAUGAUUCAGGAAAAAAACAGAAGAUAUUACUCCCUAUUUUUGUACUCAAGAAGAAAAAAUGUGUAGCUGUCAUAGUAUAAAUAACCAGCAUGUUACAGUUAAAGGUACAAAAAAUACAUUUCAUCAUAUUACAACAUAUCUGGAGACAUUUGUCAGAUGCUUAUUUUUAUGGUUUUAAUUCAAAAGAGUUUAUCCGUAUAUUUUCAGCAAAGAUUUAAAAAAUGAUGAGACAUUGAAAUGUAAAUAGAGAUGUUUCUACACAUGUUUCUUCAUGUCUGGGAUGUUUUGUUGUUACAUAAAUUGGAAUAUAUUUUAAUUGGCUAUUAAAUGUUGUACAAAUGC